AUGGCAGAAGCAACAGAAAGGCUUGCGGUUGUGACAGGAGCAAACAAGGGAAUUGGAUUUGCCAUAUGCAAUCAAUUGGCUUCAAAUGGUAUCAAUGUGGUGUUGGCAGCAAGAGAUGAAAAGAGAGGUGUUGAAGCUGUUGAGAGACUGAAAGAGCUUGCACUUUCUGGUGAUGUGGUUUUCCAUCAACUUGAUGUUACAGAUUCUGCAAGUAUUGAAUCCUUUGUUGAUUUCAUUAAGAGUCAGUUUGGUAAAGUGGAUAUCUUGGUAAACAAUGCUGGAAUAGGAGCACAUGUGAAUGGUGAGGCUUUGGCUGCUCUUGGUGUUGUGGUAGAUCCUAAUCAAAUAGAUUGGACUAAAAUAUUUUAUGAAAACAAUGAAAUAGUUGAAAAAAUCCUUAGAACAAAUUAUUUUGGAACCAAAGAACUCACCACAGUUCUUAUUCCCCUUCUUCAAUCUUCUAGCUCACCAAAAAUUAUCAAUGUUUCUUCAUCUAUAGGAAGGUUAGAGAUGUUGGCGAAUGGACGACCUAAAGAAAUACUAAGCGACGUCAAAAAUCUCACCGAAGAAAAGAUUGAUGAACUUACGAAUGAAUUUCUAAAGGAUUAUAAGGAUGGUUCACAUGAAACCAAAGGUUGGCCUUUGGCAAAUUCUGCAUACAUUGUUUCUAAAGCUGCUCUUAAUGCCUAUACAAGAGUUCUGGCUAAGAAAUGUCCUUCUUUUGGCAUAAAUGCUAUUUCUCCUGGUUAUAUCAAAACAGAUAUGAAUGAUGGGAAUGGCGCUUUGACAUCAGACGAAGGUGCUGAACCUAUUGUGAAAUUGGCAUUGUUAAAAGAUGGUAGUCCUUCUGGCCGAUUUUUCUCUCGUGGUGAAGAGAAACCGUUUUGA